CAGCCAGGAAGUGUCUUAUGCGCGCACUCAUUUCAGGUUUGGCCGGAUAGAAGAGUGUUUUGUCAAAAGUAGGACUCACCCUACACAGGCCGAAUGACAGCUACAGACUGAACAGUUUUACAGUCGUUGUCUUUGUUUGAAUUUUUAAAAUAAGUAGUUUAAAGUUUCAAGAAAUGGGUCCCGGUUAAAGGAGAGAAUAUUCCAGAAACACCGUGGACUACGGGGUUUCGAGUGCGGGAGGGAGCGCAGCGGCCCGCGGCCGUGAAGGAGCUUAGCAGCCGGGAGUAGCAGAAGGAGUUGCCGGCCAUUGUGUGCCAGGAACGGAAUUCUCACCAUACUGAAGCCCCGUCCCCAUCCCUAACUAGCCUUCCUGAUUCUGUUCUGGGAGAGUUCAGACCAGUAUCAUCGCCAAGAUAGCCGGGCCAGGCAGGAAGAGGCAUACCUCAGAUCCAGACCCCAGCAGCGGUAGUGAUUCCGGCGACGGGCGGCCUGUUAGUGCCAAGUGCCUGAAGAUGGCCAGCAGCGGUGGUAGUGAGACAGUGGGCCGUCGCGGUGGGGCUCAGCAGAGAGGAGGCAGCGGGCGGGACAGCAGCUCGGACUUAUCCUCCAGUACCAGCAAGAAGAAGCAGAAGGACAGGGCCAAUCAGGAGAGCAGAGAGGCCAAGAGGGCAGCAGCAGCAGCUGCUGCAGCAGUUGAUGGGGUCAUUGCAGAAGUCAAGAAAGAUGUAUUUGUGGACUGGAAGCAGAAUGUCAAUGAAGUGACUGUCAGACUGCGCUGUGGGGAGGGGGUGCAGAGGAUAGAGGACAUCAGCACAAACUUCACUGAUACACACUGCCAUGUGUGCUUCCCAGAUGGACGACAGUGGAGCUGCCAAUUGCAGGAGGAGAUUGAGGCUUCCUGUAGCAGAGUCCAGUACAAGGAGAAGGGAGGUUUCCUGCAUGUCAUCAUGCACAAGAAGAUUCCCUUUCACAUCUGGCCAUCACUCAAGUCAAACAAGAAAGAGAAGGAGAAAGAGGCAGCACCCACAGAGACCAAAAAUGAUAAGGAACCGGAGAUAAAGGACGUUCCCUCGGAGCCAUUAGAGAAACCCAAACUGUCCUCCCCCCAGCCACAACCUCCUUCCUCGCCUGCACACAGUGAGUCAAGGCGCAGCAGUGGCAAAGCAGAGCGGGGCGUCAAGCGCUGUCUGAAAAACAAACCAGCAUGCGACAGGGCCACUGUAGACACUGCCGGGGUGAAAGGUGGAGCUGGAGAUGGCUCAGCCACCACCAAUAAGCCUGUUACGGUAACGGGAGGUGAGCAGCAGCCUCAGGAACCCAGUGCCAAGCGCACCAUUGUACGGCUGCCCAAGACAACUAAGGAGGCUACGUCACCUGCUGACAAGGACACACACUCUGUCAAGUCUAAUGGUAAAGCUUCACACACACACCUGCCCGCUGGUCGGAGCCCGCAAACACAACGCAGGGAUGGAGACAACAGAGCAGAGAGAUUAGGCAGUGGUCAGGAACAGAAACCUGGAGUUGCUGUCGCUGCUGCCAGCCAUACCAACAAAACUCAGGUGGCAGAGAAACAAUACCAGUCUUCAGACAGGUCUGGAGCAAUAUCACAUGGGAGUGAAAGCCAGCCAGCAGCUCCCAUCAGCACCAGUGACUGCCUCAAACCUGUUGACUUCAACAACGAAGUGGACUCAGCUUCUCCUGCAAGGCUGGAAGAUAGAACAAACUCUGAACCAGAGAAAAAGCCUGCUGAGCAGGAAUCAGAGCAGGAUACUCUGAUCUGCCAGCAGCUUGGAUCAAGAGAGACGGUACCAGUACCAACUGUUGGCAUGACUGCCAAACAAGGCCUGUCCUCUGGUGUAGACCAGAGGCAGGGCAGCUGUGAUGAAGAGGAGAAGCGGGACCAGUCAAAAGAGGAACCCUCUCUGGAAAUUAAGCAACAGGAAGUCCCAGAGCCGAUGGUUAACCUACAAUUUGUGAAGAACGAUUCCUAUGAGAAGGGCACAGACCUGAUGGUGGUUAAUGUUUACAUGAAGGGGAUCUGCAGGGACACAGCCAGGGUCAUCUUCAGGGAACAGGACUUCACCCUCAUCUUCCAGACAAGUGAUGCUAACUUUCUGCGGCUUCAUUCAGACUGUGGACCAAACACAGUCUUCAAGUGGCAAGUCAAACUCAGGAACCUAAUCCAGCCUGAGCAGUGCAGCUACUCCUUCACCCCAUCACGUCUGGACAUCACCCUGAAGAAAAGACACAGCCAGCGCUGGGGCGGUUUGGAGGCCCCUGCCACACAAGGUGCAGUGGGUGGCGCCAAGGUUGCUGUGCCCUCCAGCCCUGCCUGCAUGGAGAAGAGCCAGCCAGGCAGCAGCCAACACAGCCUCCCAGCCAAGGAGGAGCCUCCAAGGGUAGGAGAAGAGAAACCCAAAGCCCCUAAGGCCUCAUCCAGAGUGGAUGAUGGUGGUCUGGAUACUGUGGCUCCUCGCACCGUCUCUGAGCAUGUUGCUAUCACCAAGCCAGAGCCCGCUGUUACUACACCUAAACCUACCUGCAUGGUGCAGCCAAUGACCCAUGCACCUCCUGCCACCAAUGAGCGCCAUGAGGAAGAGGAGGAGAAGAAGGUGUGCCUGCCUGGUUUUACAGGGUUGGUUAACCUUGGCAACACCUGCUUCAUGAACAGUGUUAUCCAAUCCCUGUCCAACACCAGAGAACUCAGGGAUUAUUUCCAUGAUCGAGCAUUUGAGGCAGAAAUCAACUGCAAUAAUCCACUGGGAACAGGAGGCAGGCUAGCCAUUGGCUUUGCAGUGCUGCUCAGGGCCCUUUGGAAAGGAACACACCACGCUUUCCAACCCUCAAAACUCAAGGCAAUUGUGGCCAGUAAGGCCAGUCAGUUUACAGGUUACGCCCAGCAUGAUGCCCAGGAGUUCAUGGCUUUCUUGCUAGAUGGGCUCCAUGAGGACUUGAACCGCAUUCAGAAUAAACCAUACACAGAGACGGUUGACUCUGAUGGACGUCUGGAUGAGGUGGUAGCAGAGGAGGCAUGGCAGAGACACAAGAUGAGAAAUGACUCCUUUAUAGUGGACCUCUUCCAAGGCCAGUUCAAAUCCAAGCUUGUGUGCCCCACAUGCUCUAAGGUGUCUAUCACCUUUGACCCGUUCCUCUACCUGCCAGUCCCCUUGCCCCAGAAACAAAAGGUGCUUUCAGUUUUCUACUUUGCUAAGGAACCCCAUAAAAAACCCAUCAAGUUUUUGGUCAGUGUGAGCAAGGAGAACUCCAGCACUGCUGAAGUCCUCGAAUCCAUUUCCAGGAGUGUGAGAGUCAAACCAGAGAAUCUUAGACUUGCAGAGGUGGGGAAAAGCCGCUUCCAGCGUAUGUUCCUGCCGUCUCAUUCCCUGGACACUGUGUCCUCCUCUGACAUGUUGUUCUGCUUUGAGGUGCUCUCCAAAGACCUGGCCAAAGAGAGAGUGGUAUUGCUCAGAGUGCAACAGAAACUCCAGGUCCCUAGUAUCCCCAUCUCAAAGUGUGCAGCCUGCCUGAAGCCUCCAGUGUCUGAGGAAGACAAGCUGAAGCGUUGCACUCGCUGCUAUCGUGUGGGCUACUGCAAUCAAGUAUGUCAAAGGACCCACUGGCCCAAUCACAAGGGUCUGUGUCGACCCAACGCAGAGAACGUGGGCCUUCCCUUCCUGGUCAGCGUGCCGGAGUCUCGACUCUCCUACACCCGCCUCACUCAGCUACUAGAGGGUUACUCCAGAUUUUCCGUCAAUGUGUUCCAGCCACCUUUCCAGUCAGGCAGGACAUCCCCUGAAACAUCCCAAUGCCGGGUAGACCUCCCACCAAUGCCAGCAGGCUCACCUGAGGGCACUGGUUCUGGGGAUGAGGCUGUGGGUGGUAGCAGUACUGUAGAAGCAGGUGAUCAAGAGCUAGAGAGCCAAUCUCUGCUGCCUGAAUCUCAGGCAGAGUAUGCCCAGGCCUCAGCCGUCCACUCUGCUGCGUCAGAUUCCCUCUCCCAGACCUCUCUCUCCACCACACGGACUACAGAUUCAGGAUUCUCUGAGCCAGUCUCUACAACUUCCUGCUGCUCUCUGGACCCUCAUGCUGAAAAAGAGACAUCCUGUGAGAAGGCUGUGCGGCCAGAAGCUGCAGUAACAGGCUAUCAGCAUCCAAGUGAAUCAGCAUCAGGUCAUGCCUGCCAGUUCUACAUAUCUCUGCUGGACUCCAACAACAAGGAACAGAGACUGGAUGAGAGAGAAGACUUACUUGCAGACCUACCUGAGGAUGUGACCCUGGAGCUGGUGUGGAAAAACAAUGAGCGCCUGAAGGAGUACGUCCUGGUGAGCUCCAAGGAGCUGGAGUAUGAGGAGGACCCUGGGUCUCUUAGUGAGACAGCCAGAGCAGGACACUUCACCCUGGAGCAGUGCCUCAACCUCUUCACCAAGCCAGAGGUGCUGGCACCAGAGGAGGCGUGGUACUGUCCAAAGUGCCAGCAGCACCGUGAGGCCUCUAAGCAGCUGCUACUGUGGCGUCUGCCCAACGUUCUGAUCAUCCAGCUGAAACGCUUCUCCUUCAGGAGCUUCAUCUGGAGGGAUAAGAUCAAUGACAUGGUUGACUUCCCUGUCAGGAAUUUGGAUCUGAGUAAGUUCUGUAUUGGCCAGAAGGAUGAGAUGCAGCAACCCCCUAUCUAUGACUUAUAUGCAGUCAUCAAUCACUAUGGUGGAAUGAUAGGAGGCCACUACACGGCUUAUGCGCGCCUGCCAAGUGACAAGAAUAGUCAGCGCAGUGAUGUUGGCUGGCGUCUGUUUGAUGACAGCACUGUGACAAUGGUGGAGGAGAGUCAGGUGGUGACGCGCUACGCUUAUGUCCUGUUCUAUCGACGACGAAACUCACCUGUGGAGAGGCCGCCACGCUUCCUCCGGCCCAUGGGAGCUGAGUCACCCACUGCUGCAGGAGCUACUGCCAGCCAGGCCUCUCUAAUAUGGCGGGAACUGGAGGAAGAAGAGGAGGGGCUCUACGAAGGCCCACGCGGACUGUUCCGCUCUUCACUGUGGAGGCGACAGACACAGAGGAACAGAGAUGAGGGAGACGAAGACAGAACCGAAGGGUUGAUGCGACGGCACCAUGGACAGAGGAUGUCGGAUUAUCCUGACGAUGACUGUGUGCGAUAUUUUGUUCUGGGCACGCUGACUGCAGUGUUGGCUCUGCUUGUCAAUUUAGUCUACCCCCUUCUUUACAAAGCCAACUGGACCUGAGCGCUGACUGGUUGGUGACUUGCUUUGACUGGGGGCAUUCAGUAGUAUGAAUGUCAGGUUGUUUAAACAAGGAGAGGUUAGAUAUAAACUGUAGAGGAAGAAGAUAAGUUUUAUUACUUACACACUCUUCUUGAAUAAGAACUAAGUUACUCAUCCAUUGGUCCUCAGCUAGUAUUCCAACUAUCCAAUACUGCAACAGUUAACAUGUAUGUAUAACUUGACAUGGCUCAACUCUUUAAAAUACUUUUAGCACUACUUCACACAGUAGACCCUGUCAUCAUAAGAUAACCUUGUGUCUGCAGUAGAUUGAUUCUGUCUGCACACAGUACCCGUAUAUUAACUAUUCAUAACAUUGCCUCUGUGCAUUGUUUUGACUCUUAUUUCUGGUGCAUGUGUGCUUUUCAAUAAUGUUGCAGUUUUAGAAUCAUAUUUUUACCAGUAGUUAUCACAUGAUAAGCUGUGACGGCCUUAAUCAUCAACACCUAUAUAUGGAACUAUCUAACUAAAUAGAGGAAUCUCUGUCUCAGUCUGUCUUUCUGUCUUUUCAUUAUCUUGACAACCUCUUACCUGAUCAACUUCAAACUUUUCUACAUGUUACUCAAUGUGAAGUAAAAGGCUGAACUUCAUUACACAGGCAGUGCACCUGGACAAUUUCUAGUAUGCACAUGCCAGAGUUUUAAGAAAGGCUGAGCUCAAGUGUAACAACACUUUCUAUGCGUCACCUAGACACAAUUGGAGCCAGCUCCAGCAGUAACUUAGGAGUCUUAACUGAUCACACACUGAAGUCUGAAAAGCAGGCUGGAGUGAGACAGGCCAGGCGGGCAGGCCCUUACAGACAGGCAUAUUUUUUCACAUCAACGAAGAUGCUAAGAUUUCACACAACAUCAUGAAGCCUCAAUUUGAAUUGAUGAAGUGAAAUGAAUGGUAAAGCAUGUAAAGUAAGAGCAACUGUACUUCCAUAUCUUAGCCUGACUCUGUAAGAGAGAAAACGUCCUACAUUUGACAACAGGUUCUUUAAAAACUUGACUUGAGAUUGACUUUUUUGUCAAAGAAGCUAUAGAGUUGUACAGUAAUAAUGUAUAGAAUGCUUACAAGCUGAGAUUUAUGACAAAAUGAUUCCAGUGCAAAAAUACACUAUUAAAUGGCUUUUGAUUUUAUUGCACUACACUCUUAAGAGGUUACUUUGCAACUUCCUGCAGAACGAAUGCAAGAUGAAUGAAUGAAAUAUAUCUGAGAGGAAGCAGUUCAACAGUGACUCAUUUUAGAUAUACCAUAUCAUGAAGCUAAGUGUACCUUCUAUUUUUUGUGUGACCAAUAGCUGUUGCCUUGUCCAUGUCCUUACAUAGAACAUAUUGAUUUUUGGGCCUUAAAUAGCAGCCACCAUCUGUCUUUCUUUCUUUGUUUGAUGGCCUCUUUCUACAAGAUGUGCUGUAGUUAAUUGUAAUUUGUUUUUAAAUAUAUUCUUUGUUUUUUGUUUGUUUUUUUUAUUGAUAACACAGUCAUAAUGUGUUUUUAGUUGCUUUUUACUAAACUAUUGAAAGUCAUAGCCAUUUCUCAGGAUGAUUUGUAGUAAUCAAUGACAUGUUGCUCUGUGUUUUUAAAAUCCUACAAAAUAAGAUGAAAAAUUGACUGAUGAUGCAGUCUGUUCAUAGCCAAGAAACUAGAAAUUACCGUCCACUUCUGAAUGUGACAUUUUUCAUUGUGUUACUUUGUUUUUAGUGGAAAGGUUUUGAUUGUGGACAGUUUUGGAGCUCUAAAAUGUUACAUUUGGAAUGAACAUAUAACCCAAUACCAUUACACCUGUAACUUACAAAGUAUGUCAAUAUUUUCUUCUUGAAAUACUCCAUUGCUUUGUUGUUUUUUACUGCUUUUAUUUUAUUUUGAAAAACUCCCCAAAGAUGUUCCUUGUUUAUUACAUACACCAGCUGAAAUGUCUGUGGUGGUUUUUAAAACCUGUGAAAAUUUCUUAGACUCCAGACUGUCCAUCAUUGAUGUCUUUACUGUGCUGUCAUUGUGAGUGAGCAUUUGGGUCUCAGGGAAAUCCCAGUUCUCUUCUGGUAUCAAGGCAGUGUAGAGCAACCUAUGUUUGCCUUAAUUGCUCGGCAUAGCACCGUCAGACUGUGUAUACUUGACUCGGAUAUAUGCAAGACUGAUGUCCAUCCAGUUUUAAAACACUUCAUUAGGCAUAGCUUGUGCUCAACAUACACUACUGUGGUAAUGAACUUGAAGGUGUUAAAUUAAAACAGUAAUGUGGGGGUUCAACAGAUUCAACUGAAGCUCAUGUUUUGUCAGCUGAAUUUGGGGGAUGGGGACUAUUCAGGACAAGUUUUAUUUAUUCUAAACGCUGCUGGUUUUAUGUGACGUGGACUGGAUUUAAAUGGAUCUGACUGAAGGUCAAAUCUAUGUGUGUGUGUACAGUCUGCUCUGAAAUAUUAUGAAAGACAAAUCAUGACUUGUAUUUUGUGAGGAAAUAAUGUAAGGUCUCUGUCUAUAAUAUACAUUGAAUCACCGAGUUGUUGAUAAAAUCAUUGCAAGUACUGUACUGAAAAAAAUUCUAGCCUACCUAAUUUCCUUGCAAUAAUGUAUCUAGAUACCUCCAUCUAAAUGCUGCUUUCUAAUAUAUAAAGCAUUGUACUCCUUUUGGAAAUAAAAUCUCCAUCUGUU